GGAAACCGGCUUCAGAACGUUCAACUGUAUUGUCUAGAGUCUGGUUUUUCGCAAGAGUCCUAACCUGUCGGUUGUACUUCAUCUGGAUCGCGGCAUUUCAGCUGGAGGAUAGCUCGAUCGACGAGUACGUUGUGUUCGCGGCCGUGUAAUCGCGUCGCGACGCUUCUUCUUCGCGGUUGAGGCUAUUAAUCGCAAGAUAACAGUUUGAGGACGCGGCGAUGACGGAGAGCUGAGAGUACAGUUCUCUACUCGUGUAUGAGAGAUGAGUGGUUCUAGACUUGGCAGGGGCCGAGUUGGCCGCCUGGCCGUGUACGGGGGUUGCGGGGUGGUGGGUCUUCUUUUAGUGUUCUUCUACCGCGCCGCCACCUCAGAGAUGGCCAGGCUUCGGGAACUUCACAUUCAAUGUGCUCAUCAACAGGAGGCGCUGGCUGCUCAGCUUCAAGUGAUAUUCGAGUACAAAGUGAGGCUGGAAAGAUCCUUGGCUGAGGAAAAGAGUUCAAAUGCAGCAGUGAAACAAGAACUCCAGCAGCGUGCAUCUAGAGAAAAGUCCCUAAGAGACAAGGAUAGCAUAGAGGCAAUGCAGAGAUUCAACUCUUUGCAACAAACUUACAAGUUGCUGCAAACAGAGCACCAGGAUUUGCAAGAAGAAUGUAAGAAGCGUGAUCAACAAGCUCUAGAAGACACUAGUAAAUUGGAGACAACGCUCAGAGAACUUCGUAGUCGUAUCAGGCAAGCAAGAGAGGACAAAGAGAAAGCCUUGGAACAUUUAAAGAAUAAGUUUCUGGAACUGGACACUCAGAAGAAUGAACUGGAACAAAAGUACAAUGAUAUGUUAAAGAGCAAUGGGGAUACUGAUAGCACUAUUGAACAUCUCAGGAAGGAAGUGUUUCAGUUGAAGCAUGAACUGGAAGAAGCCAAGAAAACUUCACGCAAAACUACUUCUCCAGAGCCAAACGUAGCCAAUCCGCACCCUUCACAAGCGAAAUCCGCAGAAGCAGAAAAUGCAGGACAGCUUGUUGAUCGGGCACAGCAGCAACAGGUAAGUCCACCGACAAAUGACGAUAAAAAUCCACAGCCCCUGUAUGCGCCAUUCGCUCAGCAAACGAUUGAGGAUCCUCUGCAAUCGAAUGAACAACGGGUGAACGAGAUAAACAACGUUAGAUUCGCUCAGAAGAAUGGCAACAUCGUCCCAGUGGGUCCAAACGAGUUAAAGGAAGCAGAAGUUUUACCAUUGCCCUACGAUUUGCAAGAGAAACGUCAGAGAAAAGGGGGCGAUCAAUUUGUGAAUGAUCAAAUUCAGAUUGAGAUCAAUAAAGAGCUAAGACAAGUUAUCCCACCGCCCAACCAGAUUAAUGACAAGUUCAAUGACAAACGCUCUUCUACUAAUUUACCAGGUAUAGCUCAGACAAUUAACAUGAAUCUUGAUGUGAAGAAGCAUACCACAGUCUCAGUGGUAAGGAAAAAAGAACAUUCUGCUGUCAUUGAUGAAAAAAAUUCUCCAAUCCAACAGACUUCUGAGAAGAUAGAGAAGAAGUUGGAAAAAGCUCAAAACAAUGUAGAUGGAAUUAUAAAUCAAAUUUUGAGAAUGAUCUGACGAAUAAGAUUGAUCAAAACUUGUAAUGCCUUGUUAGAUAUAUUUUUAUUACAAAUACUAUGGAUAAUUGUAUUUAGUAUUCGUUAUGGCUGCUCUUGGAGAAACAUGUUUAUCUAUUUUUUGUAUAAAGAUUUUAUGAUUGACUUUAGAUUGAUUUAAGAUUUUAUGAUAUUGCAGCUAAUUUCUUGACAAUUAAAUGUAGCUCCUGACUUUAGUUCAGGCUCUGGUUGUGAUUCUCUUUGCUAUAAAAGUGCUUGAAACGUUUUAGAUAUAUUAUUAAUUAAAGUAAUUGUGAGUAUAGUUGGAGAGAUCAAAGUUGAUAUAUGAUUAGUGAUACUCUGACUGUGCUCAACUUAGUUACUACUUAACACAUUCGCUACCAGAACUUAAUUUAGAUGUAAUUUUAAUAUCAUGCUUGGUGUUUGGUAAAAAAAAGGGAAAACAAAACUCAAACGGUUCUUGUCUAUAAUAAAAGUAUAUUGUAUUAUUAAAUAUAUUGUACAGAAAUACAGAAAGAUGUUGUAGAGAAUGUGUUAAUAUUUCUUGCAAGAACAAAUUAUUACCAUUCAAAAUAUAAAAUGAAUUGGAAGAGAAUAGCUAAACUAUAGAAGUAGUCAUGAUAAGCUAGAAAGCUGACUCUCUUAGCUUAUGGAAAUUCAAAGAAGUGCCUUUAAAUGGUUGAUUGUUGGGGAACUGAAUUCUUCUUAGCAUAAUCUAUCUGGUAAUGUUUACACAUGCACGUAAUUUGCAUGGUUUGUACUUGGUGCUGUAGAUAGACAAUUUCUUUAGUUGACUUAAAGGACUUGAGAUCAGUUCACAGAACUAUUCUUUCCUGUAUCAUCAGCAAAUCAAGUGUAGAUUGAACAGUAUAAUGAUGGUUUGAGAGGAAACAUGAUAGAAAAUAUGAAAAAUCUGUUGCAUGAUGGGAUAAUCUAUUAAUUAAUAUUAUCUCGAAGUUUAUUUAGUAGUUUUAUCUAUCUUCUUUUACUAUUAAUUUAUAUUAUCAGUAUCAGUAUUAACUGGUAUUAAAUACUUAUUAUAACUAUAUCGUAAUAGAAUAUUAUAAUUAUAAAAAAAAACCAAUGUCGCUUCUAAGCUAUCAUAAAUAUUUGAGAAAUAAAGUUCUCUGUGUACUAUUUAGGGCAAACUGUGAUUUUUCAGAAAAGUAACUUUUUUCUCGAAUCUUGGACAAAUAUAAAUAACUUGGAAAAAUAUAAAUAACCAAAUAAGCAGUUUAAAAUAUCCACUAACUCAAUCUUACUUACUGCUUCAAUGUAGAUUUUUUAAUAUAAAUUUUUCAAGUGCAAUAUCACAAGAACAAUGUUUGAAUUAUGCAGAAGACAAAAUGUUUUAGCAAUUGUGUAAAUGUUGAGUACCCUUUUUUUUAAUUUGUAGUGUUAUAUUUAGCAAUCUUUACAUGUAAAUUAGAACACAUUAGGCUGUCAACAGAUUAUACAUUCAGCUUCAAUUGAGUUCAAUUAUAAUUGAUAUUUUAUAAUUCAAUUAUAAAAGUUCCUUUUGCUCAAGGUAUAAUUUUUUUUAUAGAUUGACAGCCUAAUGCAAAGGAAAGACGAACGAUUCUUUCCAAUAGUUAGAAAAGAAACCAGUCGUGUAUAUGUAGCUUGCAAGCUGUAUUGAAUGUGCCUGUAUGUCCGUGUUAAUCAAUGCAUUAAUAAAUUGUUAUUAUUUUGA